CUUUCACCCAAAGUAAACAGAGGGAAACCAUUAACGCAUUUGGACCUCAAUAUUAUUAUCUUUAAAAACUGUUCAUCAUCUUUCAAGGAUAUUUCACUACUCAAAAUCCCAAUUUUCAUUCAUUUACUUUAAAAUUAUUAUAGAGAGGAUGGAGAGUGAGAAAGGCACAGUAUGUGUAACAGGUGGUACGGGAUACAUAGGAUCUUGGUUGAUAUUGAGACUUCUUGAUCAUGGUUACUCUGUCAGAACCACUAUUAGAUCUAAUUCAGAGCACAAGAAAGACCUUGGCUUUCUCACGAGUCUACCGGGAGCAUCAGAAAAGCUCAAGAUCUUCGAUGCAGAUCUCAACGACCCAGAAAGUUUCCGCGCAGCCAUCGAAGGGUGCAUCGGAGUCUUUCACGUCGCCACUCCGGUUGAUUUCUUUGGCAAAGACACGGAGGAAGUAGUGAUCAAAAGAUCAUCUGAGGGAGCAACUGGGAUCUUAAAGGCAUGCCUAGAAAAUUCUAAAACGGUGAAGAAACUUGUCUACACUUCAAGUGCCUCUGCUGUUGGCUUAAAUGGCAAUAAUUCAGAUGAACUGGAUGAGAGUGUUUGGAGUGAUAUAGAUUAUGUUAAAUCUUUAAGAUCACCCGGACUUUCCUAUGCGAUUUCCAAGACCUUAACUGAAAGAGCAGUUCUUGAAUUUUCAGAAAAACAUGGUUUUGAGGUUGUCACAUUAGUUCCUUCUAUUGUUGUUGGCCCCUUCAUCUGUCCUAAGUUCGCGGGAUCUGUCCAAUUCACACUGGGAUUGCUCUCUGGUAAGAUGAAGAACGUCGAAUCAAGUUCUCUUGCGAGUAUAGAUAUGGUGCAUGUAGAUGAUGUUGCGCGAGCCCACAUUUUCCUAUUUGAACAUCCUGAGGCAAAAGGGAGGUACAAUUGUUCAUCAAACGCCAUAACAGUUGAAAGUGCAUCUCAUUUGCUUUGUUCCAAGUAUCCGGAACUUCAAGCACACAGAAAAGAUUCUGAGAAGGAUCAAACCAAAAGCUUGAAGCUACUGCCAAGUCUCUCAUCGAAGAAGCUCCUAGAUUUAGGUUUCAAAUUCAAGUAUGGUGUUGAAGAAAUGCUUGAUGAUGCUGUUAAAUGUUCUAAAGAAAAGGGUUAUCUGUAGUUUUUUUUUUUUUUUUUUUAUUAAAAAAACAAAAAAAAAAAAAAAAAAAAAAAAAAAAAAAAAACACUUUCAGGGACUUGUGGUUUCUUUAGACGAUGGCUACUUCUCCUCUGUGUCUGAAACUUCUUACCAUGUAUAUUCAACAUUAUGCACCCCCUCAAGAGGCAAUAAAGUACUGUAAGAUAUCUUUAAAAAUAUAAUUUGUUAGCU